AUGGAAGCAGUAAGCGCCAACUACAAGGAUCAGCAGAAAAGAGACAGACUGAUUCAAGCCUUUGAAAAAUAUAAGAAGGAUCUUGUACAUGGUCUGCCUGCCUCACCGUUCAACGCCAGAAGUGUUUCUCCAAGCCAGCAGAAGGACCUGUGGUCGCUGUCAGAAAAUGAUCACCUAUAUUUGAUAUCUGGUCAGAACAACUGCUCCAAGACAAAGAGAGAGCAGCCCUCCUCUGUAUCAUCUCAGAAACUCACUUCAAGGACUCUGUUGCCAGCUUCUACUGCAAGAAAGAAUAUCCAAAAUAGUGUUCAGCAUACUCAGCAGUCUCACACUCUUGUUCACAACUCUGGUACAGUCAGAUCAUCUGCUUCACCACUCCAGCAGUCUCGCAUGCAUCUAGGCAGUCACAACAGGAAAAAGGCAUUUCAAAACUCUUUUAAUAAAACAUAUUCUGGGGACCUCCUUAAUAAACAUUCAAUUUACUUUACAGAAAAGAAGCAAUAUUUUACCCCUCAAAUCUUAAAGACAUCACACCAAUCUUUUCUUGUAAAAUAUAGGUAUUACAAUCCUCCUUCCCAAAAAAAGAUCUCCUCCCCUGGCAGACCAUUACUUAAAUCAGCAGACACCAAUGAUGAAAAGAAAAGAAUGUUACACAGAUUUUUGGAAGAUGCACAUGUGAGACCACAUUCAGAUCACUUUUCUCAGCAACAAGUUAAGAACCAUGAUUUAUGGAUUUCCAGUUCUGAAAUGCCACUUUUUCCAGGAUCACAACUUGAAGAAAAGUAAGAAGAAUAUCUUGACUUUCUUCAAGAUCUUACAAAUGAUAUUUUGAUUAGAAGUUGUUAUCACAAAGAGGCAUUAGAAGACGUAUUUCAAAUGCAUAUUAAAAGUAAGAGGCAUAACCUUGAUGAGGUAAAAAGGAAACAAAUAGUUCAAAGUCUGAAGGAAGAGCUGAACAUCACAAACCAACCAGACCCUUCCAUCAGCUGUAAGAGCACAUGGCAAAAGGAAACCAGAAUUCCUGCAACGUGCUUUUAA